GGAGUUUCGGUUCAAAACUUACAUUACACAAGCCUUGUUUAUUUUAUUUUUCACAUUAUUACAACCAAAAAAUCAUGAUAUUUUUAAAUCAUUUAACUCUUAAGCUCCAUGAGAUCAAAAUAGCACUCUAGAAUUUAUUUUUUUCAAUCAAAGCCUCAAAGAUAACAAAGAUGUCUUCAAUCAUUUUGCCAGUUGGUCAGUGUGGGAAUCAAAUAUCACACGAACUAAUGACUCUCAUUGACAACCACAGUGUCUCUCACCCUCUGAGCCACAGAGACGGCAAGCUGAGGUGUGUUUGUGUAGACAGUGAGCCAAAAGUAAUUGGAAAUACUCUAAGAAGUGAUAAGAAACGCGGGAAUUUGUUCAGGGAAGAAAACAUGGUAGUUGGUCAAAGUGGACGAGGGAAUAAUUUUGCACUUGGUUACUAUGGCCUUGGAGGAGAGACGGAAGAGACAUCUCUCUUGCAUAGGACAAUGGACGUGGUUAGGAAGGAAGUUGAAAGAUGUGAUUGUUUUGCAGGUACUAUAGUGAUGCACAGUUUGACAGGAGGUACAGGGUCAGGUCUUGGUUCACAUCUUGUUGAAGCCCUUCGUGAUGCUUAUCCACUAGCCCAUGUGAUGUCAGUAGCUGUAUCCCCUCAUCUUUCAGGGGAUAGUCCACUGCAAAAUUAUAACUCCUUGUUGAGUCUUGCUGUUUUGCAAAGGAAUGCUGACUGUGUUGUAGUAUUCAGUAAUGAUGAUGUUCUGCGUCACCUCAUAGCCCACAGGGGUGCUGUUGCAUCGUCCAGACAUCCAUCAUCCAGCAGCAAUGUAUCCCUGAAGGACAUGAACCAGCUGAUUGCUGCAAGUCUUGCAGGUGUUCUACUCCCCCUAGGCCAGAAACCAAAAAAGAUUUUGCGAAAAACUUCAACUAAUAAAACCAAAAUUAGUAUUAGAAGAAAUACUUCCUCAACAAGUUCAACUUUGAGUGAUAAUGAAAGGAGUGCAGCUACCAACAAAAAGAGAAGUUCCCUCAACCCUGUACAAACUAGGGACAGAUUGUCUUCAAGCUCAACAUUAUCAAACUAUUCAUUUGUUUGUGAUGGUUCCAUUGUACAUGAUGAAGAUGGUUCUGAGUCUUUAAUGCAAAAACAACCAAGAGCUACUGUUUCUGCUCUACUGCGCUACAGAGGUAUAUCAUCCAAAUCCUCAGGCUUUCCCUCAUAUCCAGAUAAUACAAGUCUAAACCAAUCAACAUUUAGGAGUUCAGACUCAUUAAGUGAAACAGUUGAUGUUUCCACUGGCAAUGAACCAUGGGAAAUGUUGAGGUCUGUGUGCCCCGAACCAUCCAAGAAGUUCUCCACCAUUCAUCACAUGUCCAAGGCUAAAGUCACGUGGGAGGCCCUAACUCAGUCGUUGUUACACUCUACUUGUCGCUAUGACAAGCAUGGUAGGCAGUUCUCAACUUUGAAUUCACUGCUAAUUGCCAGGGGUGCGGGAGAAAAGCCAUUUGCAGAUUCUGUGACCAAGAUAGAAGAGAGACUGAAAAACGCACUUGGAUGUGUGGAAUGGAAUCCUUUCCCUCUUGAUUUCUGGAUAAGCCAGUACAGUGCUGCUGGGUCACGUGAUGCUCAAYCUCUUACGCUCUGCUUAAACUCGAGUAGGAUCAUGGGGUUCUUGGAUGAUGUGAUGACCAAGGCUAGAACGAUGUAUGACGUUGGAGCUUAUGUCCAUUGGUUUGAAAAACAUGGAUGUACCAAAGAUGAAUUUCUGGAUGCCUUUAGCACACUGGAUGGCGUAGUAGAGGAGUAUCGAUGUGCAACUUUAUAGCUACCAAAAACAGYGAUAAGUCGAUAGACUGCACGUGAAGGAAAAAGAUGGAAAAGGUGAAACUUUAAGGUACAAAUCGAGGCGAGCUUGCUGCGUCAAGGUACAACAUGCGGCACUUCUUGAAUGCACAAGCACACGGUGCAGCUUUUACGCGCAACCGAGUUUUCAAGGGAUGUCAUACGUAGCAACGUCUGUACCAAAUAUCGAGCUAAGAAUCACAGUCAAGGGCAAACUAAUAGACAUCGUAUUUUAUAGCUAAAAAUAGCGCGGCUAAAACAUUACGCCAAGUUACUACCAAUGUCUCAGUACAGACGCCGUCUAAACGUUGACAAUUUCGUGCACAGCAAUACAGAGGUGUCUAACUUACUUUUGUAGUUUUGUACAGUUGUGCGACUAAGCCCCCGCACUCUUGCGACUCCAUGUAGCCACGGUUCCACUCAUCUAUGUUUGUUUUUUACGCCAAGUUACUACCAAUGUCUCAGUGCAGACGCCGUCUAAAUUCCAAGGUCGACAAUUUCGUGCACAGCAAUACAGAGGUGUCUAAAGUACUUUUGUAGCGCAGUUGGUAUAAUUCUGCGCAACAGUUGUACGACUAAGCUCCCACAGUCUUGCGACUCUAUGUUGUAGACAGGGUUCCACUUACCUAUGUUCGUUUUUUUUGGGGCCAAACUUUAGCUAACUGACUCAAUAACCUGUUUGUUAGACGGGAGCUGAAACUGACUCCAACAGGCGCUUAAAAGUAGUCAAGUUCGCAGAAACAUGAAACAGUUUCUCACAUWAAAAAAUGAAAAUAAAAUAGAAUUUGCGUACAAGUGACAAAUGCUCAGGUAUUUUUUCAGGGAAGGAUUUUAUUUUCAUAGUUUUUGCCUUUAUUAUUUUCAU